UAUGUUUGAAAGUUGAAUUCGAUAUAUGAGCUGUGAAGGUAUUAUUAAGGAGAUGUUUUUAAUUAGAGCCUUGGAAAAAAUUCUUGCUGACAAAGAAAUAAAAAAAUCAUACAAUGCGGAAUUGCGAAGUGAAUGCCUAAAAGCCUUAGAUGACAUAAGAAGCAAAAUUAAAUACAAUCCAAAAAACUUGUCAUCAUCAGUAUUACCUAAACUUAAAACAGGUUAUAAUGACAAUGUAUCACCAUCUUCUAAUUCUAGGGAAAUUAAUGUAUCAAUGGAAAAUAAAACUUCUAAAGAAAAUAUAUAUUUAUAUAAUUCAGAAUUUAUUAUUAAUGCUGAAGAUUAUUUUUUGCCUUUUCAAAUAGCUUGUCAAUCAAGGUCUCCAAGGAUCAUGAUUAUUGCAUUGGAUUGUAUUCAAAAAUUGAUAGCGUACGGCCAUUUGACAGGGGCCAACAUUGACCCCUUCUACACUUUCGACACCAAAAAUAAUUCGACUCCGUCAAACGAUGAAUCCGCUAAGGACCAAUUUGAAAAUCGAGUUGACGGAGGACAGAACGAUCAAGAGACUCCGUUUAGUUUAUUAUGUCCGGUUCCUGGUUGGGAAUACAUCAACAACAAAUUCAUAGAUCGAAUCGUCAGGGUAGUAUGUGGCUGUAUGUCCAAUGAAGGAGUUAACGAAGAUGUCUACUUGCAAAUAAUAAAGGCUCUUCUAACCAUUCUAACAUCGAAUUCUUGCGAAAUUCACGAAUCCAGCCUGUUGUUAGCUAUAAGAACUUGUUACAACAUUCACCUUGGUAGCAAAAAUAUCGUCAAUCAAACUACCGCAAAAGCCACCUUAAAUCAAAUGAUCAGCUUAAUCUUCAAUAAAAUGGAAAUGCACAAUUCCGAAUAUUGCUUAAAACACUGCGGCUUAAUGGUCGAUGAAUCGAAGCACGGGAAUAUCGAUAGACCGUUAGAUAUUAACGACUCCAAAUUAGAUAUAGAUCUUAAUGUUUCGUACAAACAACUAUCUCAAUUGGAUGAAAACGAGAAUGAUUUCCGCUAUUUUAUGGAGGACGAAAUAGAAUUUACGGUGGCAACUUUGGUGGAGGACAUGCUAAGUCGCAUUGAGCAAAUCGAAAAUACGAUCUCCAAAGAUUAUAGCCAUAUGCCCUCCUUUCCUUUGGAACUUCGAUCGGAAUCAGCUGUUCACCCUGAUUUUGUUGCACGCGACCGAAGGUCAAAGCCCUCAAAACUUUUAGCGUUAUCCGCUUAUCGUUGCAAAACGGCUUACACUCUUCGUCGAGACGCCUUCCUAGUGUUUAGAGCUCUUUGCCGAUUAGCUCUCAAACACGUCAAUCAUCCGGUCGCUAAGGGCGGUGGUAAUAAGAGGGAUAGACACCAUUUACAACAACGUAAACUUCACAUGUUAAAAUCUAAAAUUAUGAGUCUCCAACUCCUCACUUCUAUAAUAGACUCAUCCGGUCCGGUUUUUCUAUUCGAAGAGUCGGCCUUCAAAUACGGAGUUUGUUACCACGUCAUGGCCGCCAUAUUGCCUUACUUCCCGAUACUGAUGGUGCCGGAGCAAAACGCUAUCUACAGUGGAAAUUACAUAAAUUCUUUUCUCUUCAAUGGGAAAUUUUUGAACCACGAAUCUAAUACUACGACUAACAAAUCACUCGAAAACAAUUCCGGUAAUGAUGAAAACGGAAAUAUGCUUGCUCAAACCGACGGUCGGAACGAAGAAAUUUUUGAGGACAUUAAAUUGUUCGAAAUUUGUGUUCACCUUUUUGGAUCGGCCAUGAAAAUGUUCAAAAAGAACAUGAAACUGCAAAUAGAGAUAUUCUUCAAAGAAAUAUACUUAAACGUGUUGGAAAGCUCCUUUUCAGAUGACUAUAAAUUGAUCGUGCUCAAUUCUUUAUAUUCCUUUUGCGAAAAUCCUCAAAACGUAGUAGAUCUCUACGUUAAUUAUGAUUGUGAUCUCUCCGCCGCUAAUUUAUUCUCUUUAACCGUAUCCACGCUCUCCAAAAUAAUUCGCCAGCAAAAUAUAGAACAAACCGUUUCGUCUUCUUACUCUAGCCACAUUUCAAAUUAUUUUCCUUUCCAGCCUUCCCUUCACACUAAUUUACCGAAUUUCAACAACUUUCACAUCGAUGACAUGAUGGCCGAAGAAACGACUCCCCUAAGAUUAGCAAGUUUAGCUUGCCUCGUGAGAAUAGGACAGGGCAUGUGCCAAUGGUGCACGGAUUUAUAUGAUUUGAGUUACGAUUCAAGUAAAUUGGAUAGCAACAACCACAAUGGAAGCCAUGCUAAGUUGGAAAGCCAAAUGACCCCCGAAAUUUUAAAAGCCAAUGUAACUGAUUUAGUUAGAUCCGAUAAAGCCGGCAGAACAUCUAAAUUGGACCACAGGAGAAAGCCUUUUAAUAUAAACUCGAGAGCCGAUAGCUUUACGAUUAGCAGAUGUAAAGACGCCGAUAAUAUUGACAAUAAAAAAUUGGAUAAUGUUGCUAAAGACAGAGAAAAAAUUGAUUAUAACGAUGGAGACCGUCUAAGCAUCGAUCCUAUAACCCAUUCAAAAAUGGAGGACGAUGAGGAUACCACUAAAUUAUUGCGUGGCGAUCACCCGGCUAAAUAUGAAAAUCUGAAACAGAUCAAAGAGACAAUCGAAACUGGGAUCGAAAUUUUUAGAGCGAAUCCUACGAAAGGAAUAUUGUAUUUGCAAAGGAACACGAAAUUGAUGGGUUCUAGUUCCAUCGACGUGGCCCGAUUCUUGUAUAAUGAAUCACGGCUCGAUAAAACUGCUGUGGGGGAUUAUUUGGGAGAUAAUGACGAUUUCCAUAAAGAAGUCAUGUACGCCUACAUAGAUCUGAUGGACUUUAAAGGGAAGGGCUUUGUUCAAGCGUUAAGACAAUUCUUGGAAAGAUUUAAAUUGCCAGGGGAGGCCCAAAAGGUAGAUAGACUCAUGCAAAAAUUUGCUUCUCGCUACGUAGAAACUACGAAUUAUGGAAACGGUAUAUUUCAAUCAGCCGACUCUGCUUACGUCUUAGCUUUUUCAAUAAUUAUGUUAACGACUGAUCUACACAAUCCUCAAGUUAAAAGGAAAAUGACGAAAGAAGAAUACAUUAGAAUAAACAAGAGUUCAAGUGAUCAAAAAGAUUUGCCCGAAGCCUAUCUUUCCCAAAUUUAUGAUGAGAUAGCCGAGAAUAGAUUUAAUGUUAAAGAUAAGACGAUUCCCGAAGAAGAUGUCAACAAAAACAUGAUCCAAGAUAACGAAUUUACAAGCGCUAUCUAUAUCGAGCACGUUCGACCUAUGUUUAAGAUAACGUGGACCCCCCAGUUAGCGGCAUACAGCGUGUGUUUACAAGAUUGCGAAAAUUUGGAUAUUGUCGCUCUAUGUUUAGAGGGAAUGAAACACGCUAUUAGAAUCGCAUGUAUCUUUCAAUUAGAACUCGAGAAAAACGCUUACAUACAGGCCCUUUCCCAUUUUACGCUUCUCUAUUUUUCUUCAUCAGCUACGUCUAACUCCGACUCAUCAUCCGCUUUUUUCCAUAAUGCUUCAAUGACCGAAUCCCCUCUCAUCAAAUCGAAAAACCUCAUGACUAUAAACACCUUUAUCUCUAUAGCUGAAACCGAGGGAAAUUACAUGGGAACCUCAUGGUUCGAUUUUCUGAAAUGCAUAUCUCAAUUAGAACUAGCUAAGAUCAUCGUGCCAGGCGAUGAACCCAGUAAUCUAAAUUAUAGUAAUCCUCCUUCAUAUAACUUUAUCAAUGAGUCAUUUAUAUCCCCCGAACCCCGUGGUCUAACGCACGAUAUGGACAAAUUUUCGGAGCCAUCUCGAACUUCUAAGCUUUUUACAAAGUCAAAUAUCAACGACGAAACAUCUUCCGUGAUAUCUUCCACAUCCCACCUCUCAUCGUCAUACAAUAUUAGCGCAUCUGAACCUUAUAAUCUAGUUCAACCCUCAUCUAAAACGAGUACUUUAAGAAAUUCAUCACUCGGUAUAAAUAACCUGGGGCAAAGCAAUGCAUCGGAUAACGCUAAACAAAGCCUUCUGGUCAAGGUGGAUAAGAUAUUCGCGAAUUCUAUUAUGCUUGAUGGCGAAGCAAUUUGCGAUUUUGUUAGAGCUCUAUGUAAAGUCAGUUCAGAAGAAUUAUUGUCGGCCGUCAAUAUUGAAGAUGCCAAACGUCGACUAGCUAUAAGUAGUAACUCAACCCGAUUUUGGAAAAAACAUCUACCUCUUUCCGACGACUCCACGAUGAUACCCAGGGUUAGGAUGUUCAGCUUGCAAAAAAUAGUCGAAAUAUCUUACUACAACAUGGCACGCAUACGGUUGCAGUGGAGUAAAAUAUGGGACGUAUUGGGGCCCUAUUUUAAUAAGGUUGGAUGUCACCCUAACGAGGCAGUUUCGUUUUUCGCUCUAGAUUCUUUACGUCAGUUAUCGACAAAAUUUUUGGAGAAAGGGGAACUAUCUAAUUUUCGUUUUCAAAAAGAUUUUCUUAGACCCUUCGAGUACAUCAUCAAACAUAACAAAUCGUUAAAUGUCGCAGACAUGACUAUAAGAUGCGUUGAUCAAAUGAUACGGGCCCAAGCUCACAACAUUAAAUCUGGGUGGAAAAAUAUAUUCAGCAUCUUUCAAAUCGUUGCAUCAAAUUAUCACGAUCAAAAUAUUUUCGAAAUGUCGUUUCAAUCGCUUAACUAUGUUAUUGGGGAAUUAUCCGAAAAAGAUUGCGAUUUUGCCCACAACCUAAUCGAUUCUUUUCAAAAUCUAAUCAAAUGCCUAGCGGAAUUCGCUUGCCACAUUGAUGACCAAAAUUAUCAGAAGAAUAAAUUUCCCACUUCAUAUUACCUUGCCAAUAUCCACGAUAAUUCUACCACUCCAGAUUUUUGUAGAGAAGCGAAUCAAUCUAGCGCAGAUAUAAAUAUGGAAGCCAUACGCUUGAUAAGGCUAUGCGCUGCUUACGUGCAUGCGGAACCUAGGGCAUUUAAAGAUUACACUUACGAAGAAAUAAACGUAUGCGAAGAUGAUUAUCCAUGGGUCAAGGGUUGGUUUCCUAUUUUGUUCGAAUUGUCUUGCGUUAUUAAUAGGUGUUCUCUCGAUAUUAGAACUCGGGCUUUAACCGUCAUGUUUGAAAUUCUGAAAAGUUAUGGGCAAGAUUUUUCUCCGCAUUGGUGGAAGGAUUUUUUCCGCGUUUUAUUCCGAAUAUUUGACAAUUUCAAAAUUCCUAACGCUAAAUCACAAAAAUCGGAGUGGAUGAACACUACUUGCAAUCACGCUCUGUAUGCUAUUGUCGACAUAUUUUCCCAAUUUUACGAACCAUUGUGUACAACUUUACUUCCCGAAUUUUAUCAGCAAUUAAAGUGGUGCUUAAAGCAAGGUAACGAGCAAUUAGCUAGGGCGGCUAUAUUUUGUUUGGAGAACCUAAUUCUAAGUAAUGGAAUCAAGUUUGGUGUUAAAGAAUGGGAUAGUUCCUGUAAUAUCUUGAUAGAAAUUUUCAACGAAACAUUACCUAUGGAGCUCUUGGAUCAUAAAUUAUGGAAAUCAGGCAGCCUAGAAGCAAUUCAUAACAACGAUAAAAUAGCCAUGGAUUCGCCAUUCUUAAGUCAAAAUGAUUCGCGUAACGAAAUUCAAAAAUCAGAUCGCGAUUUAUCAUUGUCGAACGACUUCCAGAAUAGCCUUACACUCCAACUUUCCUCACAUCAAAUCGAUUUUUUUAAUCUUCCCAAAAACGUGGUAAAAUUUUCUAAAUCCUCAAAUUCCAAAACAAACACUAAUCUACACCGUCCCGCUCGCCACAACACAUCUCCUGACACUAAUUUCAUCUCGACGCUAUGCGUCGUUCAACUCGAACUUAUAAAUUGCGUAGAAAAACUUUUGUUUCAUCGUUACAAAAAGCGUGAUAAUUUGAAUAAUUUUAACAAUAAAUCCGCGAAAUCCAGUAUCUCCAGCAGCGCUGGUACAGAUAUAAUAUUUUACGAACUUUUAACCUCUAGACAAGUCAUAUCGCUGGCCAUCGAAUUCGCUUGGAAGAGUCACGUUUUCGCUGCCAAAUUCAACGCUGAUAAUAAGCUUAGGGAAUCGAUUUACGAAGCAGGUUUCAAUAGGAACGCCAAGCCCAAUCUCAUCAAACAAGAAACAUCUAGUUUGGAAUUAUAUCUAAACAUCUUAUUCACAUUGUACGAGGACGACUCUAAACAGAGUCAAUGCCAUUUUGUUAGAGAUAAAUUGAUUAUACAUUUGUUAGAAAGCUUUAAAUAUUAUUUCGCGCUGGAUAAUAAAUCACAUAAAGAAGCUUGGAGUGGCGUUAUCAAACUAUUAUUGACAAAACUGCUCAUCAUAAAAGAUCCCAAGUUUCGAUUAAUCGUCAUUCCAAUCUACCCAUAUCUUUGUGAACUCCUAACCUUGGUUUUCGAAGCCGAAAUAAGAUCUUUGCUAAGGUCACUUUUCCUAAAAGUGGGGACCUGCUCAGCUUCCCUUUCGACUCCCAAAAAUGUAUCGAGCAUUCAGAUAGAAAAUUUUUCCGUUACCCUAACCAAUAAUGACAAUCCCAAUCUUUUAGCAACCGGAUUACAAAUGCUUAAUAACCAUCAAACUCGACUUAUUUGAUAUUCAAUGUCAUAGAAUUUAUAUUAUAUAUCACGAAAAAUUAAAGAAAAAGAUGACGGCACCUUAAUAUACAUAUCUAAGUGGUCAACACAUCAUGGCGCAUAUAUACAUGUAUAAACUUACAAUUUAUAUUAAUAAGAAUAUAAAAUUGACAUCUAAAAAUUCAGAGUGACCAUAUUACAAAAUUUUGUUAAACUUAUGAUUUGGGCAUCUAUAUUUUACCUAUUUUUAUUAAAUAAAAUUAUUUAUU